UGUGUGUUUCCGGCCGGAGCGGAGAGCGCGUGCACACAGCGUGGAGCAGAGAGAGAGAGAGAGAGAGAGAGGAGAGACAUGGCGUGUGUGAGGAGUCAGGAGUGUUCAGUGUGGGUGGGAGCGGAGACCGGCAUCCUGAAGGGUGUGUGUGUGAGCAGGAAGCAGGUGUAUAAUUUCUGUGAGAUGCGCAACCUGAGCCGAGACGAGGAGAUCUGCACCAUCACCUGGGGGGACGAGCACGAGACAGAGGUAUUAAUAGGAAGUGUUAACGGCAGAGUGAAGACGUUCAGUACGGAGAAGGGGAUUUUCACUGAGAGCCGAGAGUGUGCAGAUCUAACACAAGGACGCUUCACUGGCCUCGCCGUCACCAAUGGGUCGUUAGUAACAUGUGUGGAGUCUGGCUUGCUGAAGGUGUGGCCUGAAGCAGGAGGUGAGACGGUGGAAAUAAAUGUGGGAAGUGGAGUGUGCCGAAUGAGACAGAACCUGUCAGAGCGCCACCAUGUGGCCACAGGAGGAAAGGAGAACCCGCUAAAAGUGUGGGACCUGCAGAGACCAGACACGCCCAUCUUUACUGCCAAGAAUGUUGCUAAUGAUUGGUUGGAUCUGCGUGUCCCCGUAUGGGUGCGAGACAUGUCCUUCCUCACACAGUCCAACAAGAUCGUCACCUGCACAGGACAUCAUCAGGUUCGUGUGUAUGACCCGGCGUGUCAGAGGAGGCCGGUGUUGGAGGUGAAGUUUGGGGAGGUUCCUCUGACGGCGCUCUCGGUUCCUCCUGGUGAGAACAGUGUGGUGGUGGGGAACACACACGGCCAGCUCGCUACACUCGACCUGCGCAAAGGUCUGGUGCGUGGCUGUAUGAAGGGCAUGGCAGGAAGUGUGAGGGGGCUCCAGUGUCACCCGUCGUUACCCCUCGUGGCCUCCUGUGGCCUCGACAGAUUCCUUCGUAUACACAACCUGAACGACAGAACAUUAAUGCACAAGGUCUACUUGAAGUCCAGGUUGAACUGUGUGUUGCUCUCCAGCAGAGAUCUGCAGCAGGCUGCGACAGACGAGGAUGAUCAGGUAGAGGAGGUGAAGAACGAAGAGGAUGAGGUCUGGGACGCCAUGGAAACCGUGACGGAAAAGAGCGGGAAAAGAGCAGCUCGAGACGAGGAGGGAGAGGAUGAAGAUGAUGAUGAUGUCAAAGCCGGGAAAGAUCGAGACAAGUUGAGGAAGAAAAGGACAAAGAAGUGAUGAUGAUGGUUUUACUGUGUGUGUGUGUGUGCGCGUGCGCAGGUGUGCGUCCUGUACAGACUGGUUUAAAAGAUUAAACUUUCAGUUCUUAA